AAGACCCAACCCAUUGAAGAAUCACCACCAACAAUAGAAGAGGGCACCAGCAAUAGCAGAGGUGAAGCCAGCAAGGGAAGAGGGGAAAACAGAGCAAAGAAUACAAGGGAGCACACUAAGCCACGUUGGCCGAAGGAUUAUGUAAUGAAGCUUGAGAAUUAGAGAGAGUCUUGCUUAAUCAAUUACUAUUAUUUUCAAUCCUUUUUUCCAAUACCUAUAAAAGGUAAAUUGUAAUAAUUUUGAUAAUUUUUUAUGCUGAAUGAAAUUGCAAGAGAUUGCUUAAGGAGAUUUGUCCUUCCUCGAAAAGGACUCAUUCUAACAGCGGGCUCACAGUAAAAUUAGUGUAAGGGGUGGCAUAGAGAAGUAUAACCGUAUGACUACCAAUUCUCUCAUCUUCGACUACCGUGGUGGGACCGUAUGUAACUGUACCACCCUCUGGCCCUGGGUAUAAAACUAUAAUAAAGAAUUGACAGAAGAAAACCCAUCAAAUGGGUAGCCACUGCCACAGCAAGGCAAAAGUUUGUGAAAUAUGUGGUGGUAAUCACCCUCGUGAUGAAGUUUUACUUGCAACUUGUUCUGAAUGCAACAUAGCUUGUGAACAUGUUUAUUGCAUGCGAGAAGUAGAAGAAGAGGUCCCUGAAGAUUGGGUCUGUGAAUCAUGCCUAACUGGAAGUGACUUAAUUUUGAAGGAAUCUGGUAAGAAAGAUGCUCAUGUGACAUCUUCAUUUCAAGAAGAUGAAGCUGUCACAAGAGCAAUAGGCUAUGAGCAAUUUUCAGUUUCGCAGCUUCAUUCCAAGAAGCAAAAGCCUGUAGAAACUGGUAAAGUUAAGUUUAUUCCUCAUGAAGAAGUCAUGAGGCUAUCUUCAGGGACCACAGAAACAAAAUUUUAUUUUAGCCAUACUAGGAGAUCCACGUUCCAAAGGACUACACGCAAGUCCAGAACUAUGAAUCCAAAGGCCUUCUCUGACAGAGUAAAAUCAUACCCGUGUAAACCUUAUGGAUUGGCAAGGCCAUUUAGAGAUGCUACGCCUAAGAGCUCAAUGGUUAAUCAACAGAUGUCACGAACCUUCAAAGAGCCGAAAGCUUCAGAAAUACCUUCAGUAGCUUCUGGGAAGUUGCAUGCUAACCAGAAGCAAUCUAUGGAUGUUAUUUCAGUUCCCAAAAAUCAUUGUGACUUUUUUGAAAAUAAGAUGGAGAAUUCUACAAAAAAAUCAUCUUUAUGUUCAACACCUGUUGAUCCAGAGAAAAAAGCUGUUGCCCCAUGCACAAAAGAGCCUCUAACCAAACAACAGCCAGUGGAUACCCUUAUCCUACCUAGAAAAGUUGAAAUUUCAAAUAAAAAGAUAGAAAAGGAACUAGUCAAAGAAUCAUGCACAUUGUUGCCAACGUCGCUUGCUGUCAAUGCUGGUGGUAAAACUAAGGAUGUUGCUCAACAUGAUCAUUCAAAUGUUCAAGGAGACCUACCAAAUUUUCAACCUAGUUUUGCCUUGUAUCUUGAUUAUUUUCCUGCUCCAGAUGCAACUUGGAAGGGAGACUUCAGCAUUCUUAAUUGGAAUCCAAGUGAAAUAUUCAGUGGGUUCCAGGCACGACUUCCUUGCAAAAUUCACCCUAAAGUUUAUGAAAUUUCAAGAAAGAUGCCUCCAGUUCUUCAAGUUAAGAUGCUUCCUCAGUCCAAUUUCUUGGUUGAUCUAUUCCAGGAUGAGUGUCCAGAUCUUUUAGAUGUUGCAAUGUACUUUUUCCCAGAUGAUAACAUUGAAAGAUCAAGACAGAACUAUGUGAAGCUGGUUGAACACAUGGAGAUCCAUGAAUUUUUUUUGAGAAGUCAUAUUAAUGAUGUUGAGCUCCUAAUAUUUACAUCUACACAGCUUAAUGUCGAUUCGCAGAAUGUUUUGUCAUCAGAAUCAAAGCAUUUCUUUUGGGGAAUCUUCCGCAGCACCAAUGAUAAACCUCUUCCUUCCAAUGCACAAGAGGAGCUCCCUAGUUCUCAAGCUGAUGAGGACAUGGAAAUCGACAUGGUCGGGGGAAUUAGUGUGGGAAGGGUUGACGUAAUCGUGCCAAGGGAGUCAUCAACUCGUAGAAGCACUAUUCAAGAUGGUGAUACAACUUGUCCUACUAUUUCAGUUGAUGUUGAUUCUUCUAUUCAAGGACGAAGACACGUAGAAGUCAAAAAAGAAGAAUUGAGCAAAUAUUACAAUCAGGAGCAUAUUCUUUCUCCUCCUCCUGGUUUUGAAAAGAUGUUCAAAUCCCAAACAGCUAUGUAGAUAUUCAGAGUAGAAGUUUGACAGUUGCGGUAGCAAAGUAGAGACUAGGCUAUGCUCUAGCUGAAAUGUAGAGUAAGAAAAAGAAGCUUAACAUAGAUUUUUCUCGACUAACAUUAGUACCAAAGGUUUAUUAUACAAAAUGGGUAUAUGGGGAAACCAAUUCACAUGUUAACUAUAAGACCACAGUUACUUCAUAUUGUUGUAAUUCCACUUGUUUGUAGUUUCUGCUACAACCAUCUUACUCUGUUGGAUAUAAUAUUAGUCAUACAGUGGUUUAGUUUCUUUAA